AUGAAGCAAACACACAGUUACACAGCCUCCCAUUACGUGAGCGACAACGGCUUUCCCUUGAGCUGGAUGUGCCGUUGCUGUAUCACCGGUGGUGUCGCCAAAGACAGAGAGGCCGAAAUCGAAGAGCAUUACUUGCGCAGCAGAACUCAGGCUGGCAAGAUCAUCGGUCGCCCUGCUGGGCUUCAAACAUACCCCAAACGAGCAACCAUGCAAUACCAGCGGCAAUCCCCCGACCCCGACACGACGGUACAGGAUUCGCAGAAAGGCGAGCCACAGGAGGCGGCGGCUGAAUCCACGACGUCGAACACUUGA